AUGAGGUUCACCACUCUCUGCCUCACCGCCCUAGGCUUCAUCGGCUUCGCCAUGAGCCAAGGCAGCGAGACAACCUUGACAACAAGGCCAUGCAACAACCCCAAGUACUGCACUACAGUACGCACUCCACCAGCCCGCUCCAACGCCUACACCUCCAAGGAGACCGCCGACUCCACUGAGCUCACCCGCACCAUCACCGCGCACCGCCGCCAGCUCACCGUAGUCGAAUCCCACACCCGAGCCAGCGUCCACACCUCCAAGUCCAUCAAGACGCACAAGCCGCCUAAGCCCUCUAAGACCAAGACCUCCGGUGACUCCGAAAUCCCUAAGCCCUCUGAAGGCCUUGCCAACUACUGCGACGUGCACUGA